AUACACGAUAGUGAUAAUGUAAGCAAUGUCAUAUUCACAUCUAAAGUCUUUAGUUAGAUCAGUGAUAUAGUAAGAAAAAUUUAUACAUAGAAUUAAAUUAUAAACAAACUUAAAAAAUAAAAAAUUUUACUAUUUUAAAUUAAGUACAUUAUUUUUUUUAUUAAGAUUAUCGGUAAUAACGUUCUACAAAUCUGUACAAAUUUUUUAGUAACAAAAUUAACCUCAAAUUGAUAGUCAUUUAUACGUAAGUAUUGAGCGUAAGUAUUAAUAAAAAGCAAAUUAUUUUAAAUAAAGAGUAUAUAUAUUGAGAUAUAAUUACUUCUCUUAAUGUCAUUAAAGUCUUAUUGUAUUUAUGCAUUAUAUUGUCUUUUUUUAUUGUAACGUUAUAGAAAUCUUAUAAAUAUCAAAUAUGUCUCAAAAAAUGGAUUUAAAAGCUGUAGUUGUUUCUGGAGAAGCUCCAGAGUCCGAUGACGAUGCGACAAACAUUGUCACAGGUUUAGGAUUUCCUACUACACGAACACCAUCAACUUACUGUGGUACCAUUAUCUCAGGCGAAGCACCAGAGUCAGAUGAUGAUCUGACAAGUUUGAGUAGUGUUAGUGGAGCAGUAGAUGCCAUGGCUUGCCCACCUUAUACAGAUCUUAAGAUACCAAAAUCUAAGAAAAGUUCUAUCAAGUACAAUAGUUUGCUUCAUAAAAAAUUACACGAAUGUAAUGAAACCUUGGAUAGAGAUAUUCUGCAAAUGACCGAAGGCGCGAUCACGACCAGCGUGCAAGAAUUGUCAGCUGUUAAUCGACAGUUGCUGAGAAGUGAACUGGUGUUACAAGAGGCUGUGUAUCAAUUACGCAACGCGUCCAGCCGAGUGAAGGACGCUUCCAAUGCUCUACAUCAACUCGUAAACGACAAUUUCUUGCAUUCCGUUAAAACUUAACCGUUAAACUUAUUAAGUGCGUCUCUAUUCUUAAGAUAUACAUGUAGCAAUGAGUAACAGGUAUGUGCUUAGUUAUAUAUAAUGCCAUCAUCAUGGUACCGCGCAUUAGAUGCGGGUGUUGAAAAAAAUGCAAGUUCCUCUUUGAGAUCGGGGACAUUGUUGAGCAUUAAUCGAUCUUCCAUUUAACUGGCAGUACUAUUUAAUGUGUCCUUAUACUUUCCAAUGCGUCGUCUCGCGUUUGUUUCGAGAAUAGUAUCAAUCACAUCAAUUCAUUAUAAACUAAUAUCCUAAGAUCGAUCUGCGAAAUCAAAUUGCGCCUGAUAUUUAAAAAUACAUACAGUAAAAUAGUUUGAUACUUCGGCUGUCUCGCCGGCUUUUUCACUUCUGUAAAUUUCAAUCAAAGCGGCGGUACGAGUUCUAAUACAAAUAUGUAUAAUGCGUGUACUAAUAUUAUUAGUGCGCAAGAGUCGUACGUGUGAUAAUUAUAUUACGAUAUAUAUAUUAAAGAAGGUCACGAUAUUGAUACAGGACAUUUCUGCGGAGAGUAGACAUACACUUUCAUUACGGUUUUAGAAAAUGUAUCGUAACUGUAUUCUGUAUUAUAUACUUUGAUUUCGUGACUUUCGCGGAAUAUAUAAUGUAAAUACAUUGCUCGUUUAUUGAUUAUAUAA